AAACUCUAAAGAACGUUAAUGUAACCGUUAAUACAAAGGUGAUUCAUUCAAGCUGCCUAAUGCAUGUUAAGUAGAAUGAUACUUUCAUAUUUGGUUAGAGUCAUAAGGGUUUUCUUUUAGUUGUUCAAAUGUAUCUACCUUCGAACAAGUGCAAUUUAUGACCUAUAUCAUCUAGCUUGCUCAGUCGUUCAACUUCAAAAAAGAUGACGGCAAAUAUUCAAUGCAUUUCAAAUAAACAAGAGUUGACCGAUGAAGAAAACCUAACGCACAAUAUUUCAAAUUUAAUCAUGAAUCCAAUAAACUCAUCUUCAUAUAUUCAUGAACCAGAAAUUAUAAGAAUCAAUGUGUGUGGUAUGUUUUUUGAGACGUAUGAAUAUACAUUAAUGAGAUUUCCAAACACGCUUUUAGGUGAUAGAACUAGGCGAGAGAAACACUAUAUUAGAUCGCGCGACAUCUAUUUUUUUGAUCGCAAUCGAGAUGCCUUUGAGGCAAUCUUAUUCUAUUAUCAAAGUGACGGUGUCUUAAUCCGUCCUCAAAAUAUUCCAAUGGCGUUGUUUGCAAAAGAUGUUUCAUUUUUUGAGCUAGGAGAAGAAGUAUUUUUUAAACUUAAAGAGGAUGAAGGAUACAUAACUGAUAGAAAACCAAUUGAACCAAAACGAGAAUGGCAAAAAGUGUUGUGGAACCUGUUUGAACACCCAGAGACAAGUUUAGCUGCAAAAAUUCUUUCUUUUUGGUCGGUAUUUGUUAUAACGUUAUCAAUUUGUGUUUUUUGCAUAGAAACGUUACCUGCGUUUUCUAUGCACUCUAACAAAACAAAUCACAAAGUAAUCAUGACUAAUGAAAAUCGGUUUCGGGAACCUUGGUUUACUUUUGAGUUAAGUUGCAUUGUGUGGUUCAGCUUUGAAUAUGUAAUAAGACUCAUAUCUUCACCAUGCCCAUGGAUGUUUUUAAAAUCAAUUUUAAACUUUAUCGAUCUGCUGGCAAUUUUACCAUAUUUUAUAACUCUGUCAUUUGAUGCUUUCAAUACCGCGCCGCUUUCCGUGUUACGUGUUGUUAGACUUGUAAGAGCCUUCAGAAUUUUCAAACUAUCAAGGCACUCACUUGGUCUAAGAAUCUUAGGAUAUACAUUAAAAUCAAGUUUAAGCGAAUUGGGAAUGCUUUGCUUUUUUCUUAUUCUUGGAAUAAUUUUAUUUUCUAGUGCAAUCUUUUAUGCGGAACAUGGUCACAACGAUCAGUUUGAAAGUAUACCGGAUACUUUCUGGUUUAGUCUAGUAACCAUGACAACUGUGGGAUAUGGCGACAAAGUUCCUAAAACUUUUGUUGGAAAACUGCUCGGGAGCUUAUGUGCUAUUGUUGGAGUUUUGAUGAUUGCUCUACCUGUACCUGUUAUUGUUUCAAACUUUGAGUUUUUUUAUAAAAGAGAUGUCAUAAAUUAUGAAACCGAAUCGUGUAAAAAAGAUCACAGAAAAGAUUGUUCAAAGAAAAAAACUCUCCUUAAAAAUUAUGAAAACAUAUAAAAUUUCUUUUACAAAUAUUGUUUAUAAUUUAGUAACUAAACAAUCACAUUUAUGCAUAAAA